AUGUCGGCGAGGCUGCUGCGACAGAGAACUCAAUUCAUAGCGCAGCAUGGAAGGAAGGGAGAAUGGCGUCAAGCACUUUGUCGGUUUCUUCAAAUCGAGUCGGAGGCCGGACUUUCUCCAGACGAGGUGUGCUGCAAUGCUCUCGUGGCUGCUCUUUCCAGAGGCAAGCAGUGGCAGCGAGCAACAGCGCUCAUGGCAGACUUUCGGCAUAAGUCCAUGCAGCCAUCGCUUGCAGCCGUCUCUGCUGCUGCAAGUGCUUGCGGGCAAGUCUCCAGAUGGCAACUGUCUGUGCAGCUACUGGCCAGUGCACCCCGUGCUCUCGACGCGAAGGCUGUUUGCAUCGCCAUCGACGCUUGCGGACGCGGCAGCGCUUGGCAGCAGGCAAUCGGCUUCUUUUCAAGGUCGAUGUUCAGGUGGAUGGGCCCGGACUCGGGUCAGAAUCGCUUCGGCCUGGACAGGGCGAUUCUGAAUGCCGCGGGCGCUGCCUGCACACGUGGGGGUGAAUGGCAAAGGGCUUUGCACAUCUUGUUGGGCCGUACCCGCGUGGGAACCCCCGUCCGUGACAUUGUUACGUAUGGUUCCGCAAUUGCAGCGUGCAGCCUGGGACGCGAAUGGACGCUUUGUCUUCUCCUUCUGCGCGAGAUGUCGUCAAGCGGGUUGGUGGCAAGUGCUGCCUGCAUCAGCGCAGCAGUAGCUGCGUGUGAGAAGGGGUCGCACUGGACCCAAGCGCUGUCAUUACUGUAUGCUGGCAGCAGCUGCUCAUGGAAUGGAGCCUCGGUCGGGGCGGCGAUGGCUACUCUUUGCAACACUUCGCAGUGGGAGAAGGCUUUGUGUCUUCAGUCUUCAGCAGCCGACCGAUGCUUCCUCGACUCGCCGGCCAUCUCCUCAACGAUCCUCUCAUGUGAGCUGGCCCGGGCCUGGCGUGCCGCCUUCCAGCUCCAUGACGAGAGCCUGGCGGGCCGGGUCCUGGACACCACGGCGCUCCUGGCGCCCACGAGGUGCGGCUUGGCCCUACACUCGCUCCGUCUCGCUGGCUCCCAGGGCUCCACACUGCGGCGCGUUGCCGGCGUGUUGCGAGGCGCGCUCUGCGGGGACGCCUUCGCCGAGCAGGAAUCGACCUUGACCUUGCUCCUCCAGCUGAACCUUCUCGCAAAGGGGUCCCCCAUUUGCCGGGCAUUUCGUCGACGAGUCAUAGUGACAGCACAGUGUGAAUUGGCAAGGCGCCGUCCAGGUGUUUCUACGUCGGCCAUACUGGCCAGCCUCGCAGACCUCGGGCCGGAGUACUCACGCGAAGUCCUUUCUUGGGAUUUGGGUGAGUUUGCGGCUCUUUUGCCCUGGCAGCAGGUUGCUGCCGGAGCUGUUUCCUCAAGUUUUCUGUCUGAGUCGCUGGCCUUGGUGUCACCAGCGCGUCCGGCAGCGCGUCGAUUGCGGGCAUGGCUCUCGGCAGGCCUGCUCCAUCGUGGUGUGGGCAUCGAGAUUCAGGAAGUCAUGCUGUCGACCAGGUGGUGA